UAUAGGAAGAGACUGUUGGGGUGUGUGAGCGGCUGGCUGUGCUGCUGCAGACCGACUCCGCUUUGUGUGCACACAACUGUUUGCAAGCACACGGCAACUGGGGUGCCAGCGAGACAUGCACCUCGGGACCAGCGCCAGCGCAUAACCGGACUGGCUUGUGUGUGUGAUCUCGCUAUGUCGGAUGACGAUUCCAGGGCCAGCACCAGCUCCUCUUCAUCCACCACCUCCGGCCAGCAGAUAGAGAGGGAGUCGGGCAACAACAACUCCUCCAGCGGCAAGAAGAAGGAGACCAAAGUCAGCAUGAGCAAGAACUCCAAACUCCUGUCCACCAGCGCUAAAAGGAUUCAGAAGGAGCUGGCGGAUAUCACCUUGGACCCACCACCCAACUGCAGUGCUGGCCCAAAGGGAGAUAAUAUCUACGAAUGGAGAUCAACAAUCCUAGGACCUCCAGGAUCUGUAUAUGAAGGAGGGGUGUUUUUCUUGGAUAUCACAUUCACACCAGAAUACCCAUUCAAGCCUCCAAAGGUGACUUUUCGGACACGGAUUUACCACUGUAACAUUAACAGCCAGGGGGUGAUCUGCCUCGAUAUCCUGAAAGAUAACUGGAGCCCAGCACUGACCAUUUCUAAAGUCCUCCUGUCCAUCUGCUCACUGCUCACAGACUGCAACCCUGCUGAUCCUCUCGUUGGAAGCAUUGCCACCCAGUACAUGACCAACAGAGCAGAGCAUGACAGAAUGGCCAGACAGUGGACCAAGAGAUAUGCCACAUAGACCCAAUAUGGUUCCCAAAUCUCACCUGUUUGUCUGUGAUGGCGAGAGCUGCUUGUUAAUUUGAUGGGGACAAGGGAGGGUGGGAAUUGAUAAAGAAUAGGGUAUUUCUAUAACAGAUUUUAUUCAGUCUUUUAUUUCCAGAGAAUUUUGUUAUUGUAACUUAAGGUAUCUUUCUGCAGUAGACCAGUAGUAUGAACAAGGACUUCUUUUUUGUACGACAGCCAAGCUCUGAAAUAUUAGCUUAUUAUAAAAGGAGUACAAAGAAUGUAAAAUUAUUUUUCCCUUAUUGCUUUUUUUUUGUUCAGGUUGCAAUAUAUAAACUUUUCAAGCAACUUUAGUUUUUGUACAGUUACACUGCUUAUACCGUAGGCAUCUAUGUAAAGAAUUUGUUUUUGAUCUGAAUAAUUUUUGUUGUACAAAGGAGGAACUAUGGUGUUCAACGUGUACCAGACGAGCCUGCAUAAUUCUGAUCUGCAGUCUUCAGCUAUCGAUAGGACUAAGAGGUGGUCAUCCCCAGGACUGGGAGAUGAAGAAACAGAUAUCAUUGUGUAUUAUGGAAUCUUAAUUAUUAUUUGUUUUCCCUUUUGUAUGUCUAAUAACUUGAGGAAAAGAUAUGUUUAUGGGAACCUGUAGUGAAAUAUACCUUAAGCUGUUUAACUGUAAAGGUGGGUAAGAAUUACUCAGUGGAUUGUUAUGUCUGUGGGCUAAUAAAGUCUGCAUUUGUUACUGUGCUAAUAAAAAAAAAUGAAAAACAAA